AUGCGCAUACGGAAACCCUUUGCCGCUGCCUUCAUUGGCCUCAUCUUCAUCAGCGCCGCCGCAGGCUUCUCCCCGUCCGACUACAAAAUUCCCUCAUACAAACAGUCGGACAAGGCGCUCCACUUUAUCGCCUUCUUCCUGCUUACGCUGUGCUUUUACUGGGUCCUCGAAACCAACAGGAGGAAGGUUGUGCAACUGACCUUGACCGUCUGCACGCUCGGUCUGGGUCUGGCGAGCGAGGUUGUACAGGGCUUGUUGCCUAUCCAGCGCGACUUCGACUACUAUGACAUCGUAGCCAACGUCCUCGGCUCACUGCUCGCCCUUGGCCUAUGCAACUGGUACCACAAGCGCAUGCUCGAGCGCAAACGAGCCGCACGCGGAUACACUGCCGUUGCCGGAGACGAAGAGCGAGACAUUGAAUUGGGAGAGAGUGUCCAAGGCCAGGAGUCGGGUAUAGUACGGCCUACGGUGGAAGAGGAACUCGAUCGCUGGGACGAGAAUGCCGAAGACUGGGAAACGACGGAGCCUGAACCGGCGAAUGGAAGGAAGAGUGUGGACGCCGGCGACGGAAAGAAACGAAACGACUGA